AUGCAGCAUGGUGGUGGACGAUCCUUCCGGUAUGGACAAUGUCGUGGCCAACUCCUUCCUCAUUCUCACUUCUACCCCGUAGGCAACACGCCUGCAGUGUGCUUGACCCAUCCUCUCCCGCCGGAGCAAGAUGCACACCUGCUACUUCUUGGCUGUGGGGACGCGCGCAACGUUCUGUUUACCAUCUAUGCGGAUUUACGCAAACUCGACUUCACCUGUUGCGACCUUGAACCGGAGAUCAUAGCCCGCAAUAUUGUUCUAUUCACACUGCUCAUGGAUGAUGAGCAAAACAACAAUCUUCAGAAAAUAUGGAACCUUUACUAUCAUCGUCUGGUCGACCAGGACAGUCUUGAGCUUCUCCGAGAACAGGCGUCUAAACUGAAGAAGUUGGCAGCCACGACUGACCUUUGGAGGAGAGGAGAAUACGGCAGCAUGCUUCGUUUCCUUGACUCUUACACGUUGACCCAGGUCUCUCAGCUGUGGGACUUUUACUCUCAAAGGCCACCUGAUGGCUCUGCCUAUGAGAAUCAGCAAAAUCUCCUCCACCAGGAAUUUCAGGAGGCAGAACGAGUUCGAUCUCAGAUCGUCGGGAGCAAUUCAAUGCUAGGGGGCCUUCGCUCAACAGCACCGGUCUCUACAAUUGCCCACGACGAUUUGAGUACAUCCUAUCGACGGUACUGGACGUAUGGAGUUGCAGACCCGAGCCAGGAAGCAAAUGGUCUGGACAACAGCCUAAACCCCAUGCUCGGGACGCCAAACGCGGCCUUAAUCAUACAUCAUGCAACAGAUCCUGUUCUCGACUUCCACCUUGCUACCGGAUAUGCGCCUCUUUCUUCCAAUUCUCCGCUGAAGCCGAACAAAGGCGAAGACGGGUCUUUCACUAACGCGUGCUACCAAACGGCGUUUGUCGAGUUCGCGGCCUAUGCCAAAACAUUCCGCUGUGCCAGACCGAGACUCACCAUUCGAUUUAUCGCCUCAGAUGCCCUGGCCCUUUGCCACACUCUGCAACAUAUGAACAAUACGGGCAAUAGUGAGGCACACUGGUAUCGAAAUUCACAAACAUACGUGCCUCUCAAUCUUGACUCCAAUGAUUUCAACCCCAGGAGCGAUCAUCCUGCCCCUCUAUCCUUUGAUGCAAUUGAUACAUCUAAUCUGGCUGACCACCUCGGAUGUAUCAAUUUGCUAGCUGCAGCUGGUCCUCUCUUAAACCGAAAGCCUACCUCUACGCUAUCAACCGAGCUUUUGGUUCGAUGCGAGGGAGAUCUUAAUGACUAUCUCAAGGAUCUACUUCUGGGCGAUCUGCCAACUGUUGCCCUCCUGUUCAACUUGACGCCAAUACAGUACUGGACGGGAACCACUGCAACUUCGGUGUGGGACGAGAGACAGCUAAAUAUAGUCCUGCAGGAUUCGCUGGGCGAAUAUAACACCCGCUGUCGCUAUAUCAUCCAGUGGAAAAGCGCUCGACACUCAUCCCAAGAGACCAAUCUCCUCAAUGAUACAACUAUACCUCUGCAGUUUGAGCAGCCUGGGCUCACCAAUCUGUUAUACCAAUUGUACUUGCGGAUGGUCGAGGAUGAAUCUUUGCCAGUCUUGGCCACAUCGCGCAAAGAGCUGGCAAGUGGGCCUUCCGGAUUCUACACAAGAGCGAGCUUUGUAGCGAUACUAGGAUUGAUUCAUAAAUCAGACCUGGUCAAUUGGUCCGUCUUCAUCCGCGAGUUGUGCCUGCUAAUCACUAGGCACCAUUCGUCCAGGUCUAUGUCUUCGUACACUUCUCCUCAGGAGAUGUUUGUGUAUUUGCACAUGUGCGGGCUUCCCCUGCCAUCGGACUAUGAGCUGACACCCUACCGGCCGGUCAAGGGGAUGCCCUGUCCCUUGCAAAACUGGAAGACUAUUCCUCCUACACUUUGCAUCACCAUUGUGGUUCCACGGACACUACUUGGUUUCUUGAAAAUGGCCAACCCAAUGGAUGGGAGCCCAAUAUUUCAUGUGGUACUGAACGGUCCACAGACGAACGGAUUUGGUAAAUUGACCUUCGCUGGAGUUAGAAAUUCUGAAAGCUGCGUUUUGAGUGUCCAGCAUGACGGGGAACCGUGGACUGGUAUUGCGCCAAUGAUUGUCUCGGUGAUUGUGCCCUCCUCGAUCAUACGACAAGAUCGCAGUAUGUCGACCAGAGUUACUCUUGGACUAAAACCUACCGUUCCCGUACAGCGCUUCAUGGACGAGCUCGGACAGGGACUCGCUAUCUGCCAGUCCAGCCUCAAAGACCCCAACGUGCUCGUAACGAAACAUCGCCCGAAUAUGACUGGAUAUCAAUCGAUAUCCGGAAAUUCUGUUUCACCAUGUGCACGACCAAAGGAGUUAAGCAUGUACCAAUCUACCGACAGUCAGACCCAUGCCCGUGUUCAUGUAUCCCUGGAUAAAGAUUUGAAAGUCAAGUGUAUCACUGUCCAUGUUGAUAUCUACGCCGGGCCAUUACAAGAUAAGCUCCGCUCAAAGGUCGCAGUCAGCGUAUUCCAAGAUUCCAUUUUCGGGGUGUCUAUACGCUUCCAGGAAGGCCCAUUGAUCGAACAAGUGCAACUCCCAUGUCCAGUUACAAUGACCGGAAGCGAGACAAGGAUCGAGCUGGAAGCAUCCUACGUUGAAUUCAGGGCUCCGGUAGCCACGCGGAGCGAGCUAUCAAGCCGCCCUGACAACUUUUACUGGACAGGAAUAUACCAGCAGAGACCAAUCAUAUACAAUCCACAUUACAUAUCCCUAGACCAACUACCCAUACUUGAUAUCGAGGAGUCGGUAAAGCUCAAGUGGCUCAUCAAUGAUCUCGCCGAUAUGUGGUCCGAGACGGAACGAGCGUUCCGCGAAAGAAACAUGGCAACGAAUCUACGUUCAAACUUCAAGAACACGCUCCUCAAAUUGUUCGUGGAUUUUGCUGGAGUCCAAGACACCAAGCACCACAAGCCAUUCAGCCUGAGCGAUCCCCAAAACGGGGGUCUCUUCGCCCUGAUCUUCCCAGCAAACCUGCGACUCGAUCUCCCCCACCAGACCGUAGUCCUCGACGUGGCCAUCAUCCCCCUGUCCAAUAACAGCAUCCACAAGAUAACGUCACUACUCUCCACCAUCGAGACUGUUAGAUCUUCGGAAAUAAAAAUCGACGAGCGGGAGUCUCUCCUCUGGAAGCACACCCUCCCCGCAAUGGUCGAGCGAUGCCGCACAUGGAAGCACAAGCGAGCCUGCGAGUAUAUCCGGGCCGAGAAGAUGCCCCUCUCGCUCGAAACAGGCGACCGAUACAUCUGCUCCUGCGGGAAGGGGACAUUCCCUGCGGGAUUCUGGUCCAGGAACAAAGGAGACGAAGCGGACUUAUGGAGACUUAUGUCCAAGCACGCCAUCCGCGCCGCCAUCUCGCCGUGCUUCUCCGUGCCUUUCGUGGAGAGACAAUACACCCUCCCACUGGCUAAGCCUGGCCCGGUCUCUCCUGCGCCAACAGACAACCCCCCCACAAAGCCCACAGGCCUAGACGGAAAGAGAGGCUUGUGCGCAAUGUGCGGGAAGACUAGACAAGAAGCUGGGGGGUUGCGAGAAUGCAAUGGCUGCAGGGUCGCCGAGUACUGUUCUAGAGAAUGCCAUCUCGAGCACUGGAGAGGGGAGCAUAAAGGGCUGUGUCGGCGUGUUGACCGCGCUGGGAGUUCCAUGUAG